AUGGAUCCGGCAAACGACGCGCGCCGCGCGGAGGCCAGGGCGGCCGGCAUCCUGCGGCUGCUCAUGGGGAUGGCGGCGGGGGCGGGGGCAAUGCCGGGGGUGAUGCUGGUGCAGCACGUCGUCGUCGGCGGCGACGGCACCGGCGACCUCUUCUCCGGCGGGGUCGGCGGCGGCGUCCCGCCGGCGUCCAAGGCGGCCAUCGCCGCGCUGAGGGAGGUCAGGGCGGAGGGCGACUGCGCGAUCUGCCUGGACGCGUUCGACGCCGGCAAGGAGAUGCCGUGCGGGCACCGCUUCCACGGGGAGUGCCUGGACCGGUGGCUCGGCGUGCACGGCAGCUGCCCCGUCUGCCGCAGCGAGCUCCCCAAGCCGGAUCCGGCGGCGGAGGAGCAGCAGAACGGUGAGCGCGGCGCCGAGAGGCAGGGACCCCCGGGCGCGGUGCUGCUGAGCUUCCUGGUGAUGGGAGGACCGCAGCAGGCGGAGGAGGAGCAGAUGGAGGUGGAGGAGCCGUGGAACAUCAGGGUCGAGGACGUAGAUUAG